CGCCGCCGCUCUGCGCCCGGAGCCGGCGGCCCGGCCCGCUCAGGCCUGCCUCGCCGUGAAGGGGGCCGGGCAGGUCCGUGGCGUAAGAGAAGGAAAGAAGGACAGAGGAGGACAGAGGAGCGGAGCGGCGGGGCGGGCCGACGCGCUCGCCAUGGUGCUGGUGGUGGUGAUGGGCGUGAGCGGCUCGGGGAACUGGGAUGGAAAUUCUAUGAUGGAGAUGACUAUCAUCCUCCAGAGAAUAGAAAGAAGAUGGCAGAAGGAAUACCACUGAAUGAUGAGGAUAGGAUUCCCUGGCUUUGUGCAUUGCAUGAUAUACUAAGGAGAGAAGACUCUUCUAGACAAGAUACAGUUCUGGCCUGUUCUGCGCUUAAGAAGAUGUAUAGGCAUAUAUUAGCUAGUGGUGCAUCUGCCAUUGAGAGCAACCAGCCAGAGCAACAAGAAGGAAACACAGCACUGAAGAUCCUCUUUGUUCAUUUGGAUGGGCCUAAUGACAUCAUUGCUGCCCGCCUGUCGAAAAGGAGAGGACACUUUAUGCCACCUCAGCUUCUCAAGUCUCAGUUUGAUACCCUGGAGCCCCCUAGUGCACCAGAAAACUUUAUUACUGUCAGUCUAGAAAAAUCUCUUCCUGAAAUAGUGCUGGAGAUUGAGCAUGCUAUUUUUCAGGGGGAGAAACUCCCUUAAGAGUAUGAAACAGCAUUUUAAUUAUUAAAUUGAUUAUUAAAUAAAAACAACUUACUUUUCCCAAUACUUAAACAGAUUGCAGCAUUACAGACUGGUUUACUACUGUUGGUAUUUUUAUCACGGCUUUGUAAAAGACAUACAAGAUCACUUUCCAAAAACUGUCAACUUCUUAAACACUUCACCAUGAGUGAAGUUAAAACUCCCAUUUUAGGAAAAGUCUGCUUUUUCAAAUCCUGCUAAAGGUCAGACAGUAAUUUAAUUUAACUUCUUCCUUUUGAUCUUUACUCUGUCAAACGCGGAGAUGGGCAAAUCUGCUACAAAGUGAUGGAGUAUUUUAGUUUUACUAGAAACAAUAUAUUUAGUUUUCUAGAAGUGCAAGAGGCAAGAAGACAGUGACAUUGUCUGCCACUACCACUAUCUCACUGCCAAUUUUUCAGCAAAUCGUAGCAUUUGUGUCCUUGCUGAUCUCACCAGGCUCCUAAUGACUUCCCGAGAGCUUUUGUCAACACUUAUUAUGCCUUGAAAAAUGUGAGAAAAAAGAUAGUGGCAGUGAGGUGAUACACAGAAUAUAACUGCAUGGAAAGCUUUAGACAUGAUGUAUUAAGUGGCAUCAUACUGGUUCUGAAGCAGCAUCUUUACUGUACAAACUGCACCCACUGAUGAAGUGCAGCAGAGAGUCAGUCAGUGAUCUCAGCUACUUCCGUUUCCAGGUAUUCCACCUCAGCCGAUGGCCAGUCCAAUAUAUGCCUAUGGAUUGGUGUUCAUAUAGUAUAGGUGUGCUUAUGGAUAGGUGUUCAAGUUUGAAAGCUGAAAAAUCACAUUACUUCUAAUAAAUUUUUUUCACAUA